UGUAAUGUAACCAAGCACGUAACGUUCAGUAGUUACUAAGUGACGGGACCACCGGAUGAGGCAAAGAAUUACCAGUCAUGUACCACUGUACUGCUUGUAUGUCUAGUUGAGUCCCUUGGUGCAUCUAGUGAACAAAUAGGUACACGUAUUUUCUGAUAGCUGCUUGUACUUGUUCACAGAGUUUAGCCUCCUCCGGCAAUCGGCGGGGAUGUCGUCCAUGUCACCCUAAUCACAGGUUGUAUCUGUGAUGUCUAAGAGUUUUAGUCUAAGCACUUAGUUCAGACAUGGCAUAGGCUUCGCAAUAAAAAGAUGACAAGCGGCCAUGUGGUAUCGGGCCACGGAACUAUCCAUGCGCCAUUAAUGGAGUUGAGAAACAGUCACUUGUAUACCAGGUUUCCCUGGAAAUGCAAGUCGCACUAUCAUCGCAAUGUCCAAGUAGACAAGGCUUACUCUGCCAGCAACUCCUUGGUAGAACCAGUUCAUAUCAUGUACGAGCCGACACCAAACAGUCGCAAUGGCCAUUUGCCGGUGACGUCGUGCGCCAAUCUCCAAAACCUGUUACUGUGUAUGCACUGAACGACGGUCGAAAACAGUCAGCAUGAGGCCCUGCAC